AUGAAGUUCUCCUCAAGGCUGUUGCUAGCCGCUUCCAUUUUCUAUGUCCAUAGCGCCUUGUCCGCUCCUAGUCCUGAUCCCAAGGCCGCGUGGGUCCGUCAGGGCAGGGCGAGAAAGGCUGCGUCAAAGAUUGGAAGACGUUGGUCAAACGAGACGUCAGUGCCGCCGAUCCUCAACUCGUGUUCGGACAGCGACUAUACCAAAACAUUGGCUCCCAAAGUCAAUGUUUGGGGAGGCUUGACUGAUGUUGAGGCCGCUUCUGUCACCCAGUGGUUAUUCGCUCAACCGGAGCUCAAUCUCACUGUCAGCGAUGAUGCUGGUGAGUGGGACAACUCCAUUCUCUUGGUCGAGCUUAUGCAUCCAAACAAGACGGACGUCUUGAACUAUCUCGAUAACGCAGGUCCGGCUCCUACCCGUUUCGCUCAUGUGGUACUGAGCCAUCGAGCCUCUGAGGAGCCUACCUACGAGGAUAUACUGGUCGGUCCGAUCAAUGCAUCUGGCGUCAGAAAUGGCACAACCACAUGGCAACCUCUUGACUAUCCUUACACUCGCAAGACCGCUGGUCGUGUACGCAAUCUCGAUGCCGACUCUGAGGAUACUCUCUAUUCUCAAUGGAUAUACAAGAUCAGUGCUACCAUUUCGGACAUUACACUUGAUUUAUGGCAGGGAACCGCUCUUGGUCACGACAACGAUACUCUCUCUAUCUGGGGAAUCGACCCACUUUGGCAGGACGAUGGACGCAUCGUUCGAUGGGAUGCUUUCUGGUCUAAUCCUGUCGAUCAAUUCGACACCCAGACGCUCUUGCCACUCGGUCUUUACUUCAGAAGUGAUGUGACCGGACGCGAUCCCAGUCAAUGGAAAUUCGAAGGUUGGUACUACAACGGCAUCUUCUAUGAAACCACCGACGCGUUCCGAAAUGCGUACUAUACGGCAGGAUUCGAGAAACUAGGAGUCAACGUUGAAGGCGACUGGGCACGGAGCGACCAGAAUGGGCCUGUGCUACCGCUUGAUACCGCUCAUCCUCCGGUCUCCGUAGCUCCUAGCGGUGCUAGAUACGCAGUUGACGCUGAGAGCAAGUGGAUCCAAUGGAUGGAUUUCUCCUUCUUCGUCGGUUACCAGCGUGAUACGGGUCUCAGUCUAUGGGACAUACGCUACAAAGGCGAACGAGUCUUAUACGAGUUGGGCCUACAAGAAGCACUGGCUCACUACGCCGGGCAAGACCCCCUGCAAAGUGGUACUGCUUACCUGGACAGCUAUUACGGCUUCGGUCCUUACGCCUUUGAGCUCGUGAAAGGAUAUGAUUGCCCGGCAUACGCUACUUAUCUUAACACCUCUUUCUACGUGUCAGAGACAACCCACACGCACUUGAAUAGUCUUUGUCUGUUCGAAUACACUGCCGACUAUCCUCUCCAACGACACAGCACCUCGGACUAUGUCAGUGCGACAAAGAAUACCUAUUUCACCAUUCGGUCCGUCAGCACUGUUGGAAACUACGACUACAUGUUCUCAUACUCCUUCUAUAUGGCAGAUGGUAGCAUCAAUGUCGAGGUUCGUGCUUCAGGGUACAUCCAGAGCGCAUACUAUGCCAAUAACGAAGAAUAUGGCUACAAGAUUCACGACAAUCUCUCGGGCAGUAUGCACGACCAUAUCUUGAACUUCAAAGCAGACUUCGAUAUCCUGGGUACAAACAACACGGUCGCCGUCGUGAAUCAAGUUCCUGUCUCACAGACUUACCCAUGGUCGAACGGCAAAGCACGCAACACGAUGAAACUCGAAAAGUCUUACAUCGACUCAGAAGACCGGAGCCGUCUCUUCUGGGGCGCCAACUCCGCGACCCAAUACAGUGUCAUCAACAAGGAUGCAGUAAACGCAUACGGAGAAUACAGAGGCUACCGCAUCGCUCCCUCCCUCGGCGCCAUCCACCUCACAGUCGAAGAUUCGAGCAACCUAGUCAGCUCAGCGCGCUGGGCCAACCACGACCUCCAAAUCACCAAACAGCACGACACAGAACCUCGCGCCGCACACGCCUACAACAACCAGGAUGUUCAUAAUCCACCCAUCAACUUCGACGCCUUUUUCAACUCUGAGAACCUCACUCAGACUGAUCUUGUGCUGUGGCUAAACUUGGGCAUGCACCAUAUUCCCCAUACCGGCGAUUUGGCUAAUACUGUGUUCUCCACUGCUCAUGCUGGAUUGUCUUUCUCGCCACUAAACUACCUCAAUGGCGAUCCCAGCCGUCAGACUGUCAAUCAAGUGAGGAUCAACUACGGAGGUGGCAAUACAAGCCAAGUGGAGACAUUCGGACAGCAACAGGGAUCUUGUGCCGUGGAGUACACUCCUGCGGAAGUGGAUCUUUGGGGCUACAAGGGUGAUGUGGUUGUCAGGAAGUUUCCGUUUGAUCCUAAUAAUCCUUUCUAUCAGACUGACGGGAUUGUGUGA